GCACUGGCUAGUAAAGCUGAUUUCAUUCGCCGCUAUGGCCAAGCUCCUGAAGCAUUUGCUCGGUAAAAAAUCUCCACCACAGCCUCCGGAGCCAGACUACGAUGCUGAAAACGGUGGACGGAGUUCGAGCUGGGAGUUUGAAACCGACGAAGAUGCUCUACCAGAUUACACGGAUCCAGUCACGACACUUUCUUCUACGUGUGCGUCCCGAUCAGCACCAACACAACAACAACAAACACACAACCUGAGGCCGAGACCUCACAGCUACGCAAGUGGUGGCGGCAGUUCAAGUCCCUUGUUUAGAAAUAAUGACGUUGGUGCAAAAUUUAGGCCGAGUAAAGAAUCGCCUGCUAAAUUGAAAAAGCCUGUAAUAUUAGAGGAUUAUAGUGAUCCUGCUGACGUCAGGAAAGCAGCCGCUGAAGAUGCACGAAGGUUUGACGUAGUAACGGAUGGUGCCCAAACCGGGAAUAUCUAUGAUGAGGGUGAUUACACUGAACCUUAUGAGGCACAGAAAAUAUUGCAACAAAUCAGAGAAGCUGAAUUAGAAAAAGAGGCUCUAGAAAAAAGAAAGGGAGAGCUUAUACCAGCAAAGAAAAAAGUGCAUGUCUAUGAGGAUCCAUAUGACCCAGAAGAUGGAGAAGCAAUAGUUGCUAAGCAACUGCCAUCAGAUGUAAUUAAACCUAGUUUAAAUCAAGAUAAACAAUUUGUGAAACCACAGAAUGAACAAAAUGAACAAGCAAAUCACUCCCAUUUACAAACCAGACGCAGUCAGAGCCAUGAACUUGAUAGUCGACCUCCUGAGGAGUAUGAUGAGCCCUGGGAGUGGGGAGCUAAAAAUAGAAUUUCUCAAGCAAUUCUUGAAAAGCGUGAAGAAAUAGCGUUAUCAUCGUCAGGUAGCAGCCUACCUGAUGAGCAAAUUAACGGACAGUCUAGUGCUUCUCAUCUUCAUGGUAACCAAACAAGGGAGAAAGAUGUUCGUCCACAAGAGGAUUAUGAAAUUCCGUGGGAAUAUAAACCUAAAGAUAGACUAUCACAUGUUCUGAUGGGCGAUGCAGAAUUAGAAUCACCCAAGAGAAUGGAGUCACCAAAAAAAUUUACCAUAGAUUAUUCCAAGAUGUCAGAGCCGAUACAAUGUCCUCAGUCUCCGAAGACUUUAGAAAACAUGAAAACUACCGAUAGUCCACGUCAGUCACCAAAGAAAACAGGUUUGAAAUUGGAUAUCAAACCAAGAAUUGAAACACUGGGAGAAACAAUAGAUCCAAGUAUACCAUUAGAGGAACAAAAGUGGUAUCAUGGUAAAUUAUCCCGACACGAGGCAGAGAGUAUUCUUAGAAUUUAUGAUGAUUGGAGUUUUUUAGUGAGACAAAGCGAGAGUGGUAGUGCCAAAGACUAUUCAUUAUCACUUAAGAGUGCAAGAGGAUUCAUGCAUAUGAAGAUUGUAAGACACAAAGAAGGUUACAUUCUCGGUGAAUUCAGCAAGCCAUUCCACAUGAUUCCUGAUAUCAUAGAUCACUAUUCUAAAAAUAAACUCAACAUCAAAGGUGCAGAACACAUGCGAUUACUUCACCCAAUCACAAGUCAACUCCUUUGAAAAAAUCUCCCGGUGUCCCAUACCUACAUCUAUAUUUGUGAUAAAGCUGUUGCAUUCUGUGGGUGCCAUAAUGGGUCUUUUCAUCCCGCAGGCUAAUUACGAUAAACCCACUCGUUGCUGGUCACAUGUAUAAACCUGAACACCUUGAAGACGC